CUCUUUCCCAUGCAUUGCGUAUAAUCUCAUUCAUUCCCACGUCCUUUCUUGCUUCUUCGUCGUACAAUAUAUACCCCCAUGGCGUCUCCAUUCCACCCCUUUUUCACCCCCAGCCCCAACGCGCCCGAAUCCCCUCCGAUCCAAGAACUCGUCAAGAGCCUGAACCUGCAACCACACAUCGAAGGCGGCUUCUUCGCCGAGACCGACCGCGCCCCGGACACCGUCCCAUCGCCCUUCCCCUCGCAAGCCUCCUCGACGUCCUCGCUCGCGCCCCAGCGCCCCGGCUUCAACCCUGCGCUCCGCAACUCCUCGACGACCAUCUUCUACCUGCUGACCCCGCAGGGGCCCCAGGGCGGCUUCCACCGCAACCAGGCCCGCACCGUGCACACGCUGCACCGCGGGCGCGGCCGCUACGUGAUCAUCCACGCUGACGAGCCCGGGGGGCGCGAGAAGGAAAAACGCAUCGAGACGUUCGUCGUCGGUCCCAACGUCGCCAAGGGCGAGCGGUUACAGUGGAUCGUCGAAGGCGGGAAGUUCAAAGCGUCGUUUUUGUUGCCGGAUGACGAGGAGGGCGGGCAGGAGGAGAGCCAGGGAUUGCUGAUUAGCGAGGUCGUGGUCCCAGGGUUUGAGUACUGCGAUCAUGAUUUUUUGACGGAGCGUGGUUUGGUGGAAUUGGUUGGCGCGGAGAAGGCGAAUGAGUUGAAGUGGUUGUUGAGUCCUUUGGCGGCUGAGAAUUAAUGAUUGGUGUCUCUUUGGGGGACCUUUGCUAUACAGUUUUCACACCUAAACGUGUUUGUUAU